CAAGAGAACUCCCAGAAGACCAGUCCACUAGAUUCCCUCUACAGCCUCCUGCCCUUCAUCCUGGUGGAUGACACCAAAAGGGCAGAGCCCAGCGCAGAGCAGACAGCCGUGCGGACCAGUACUCAGACCCAGGGACAGCUCAGCCUCCUCAGAGCUGGAGCCCCACUCUCCAACUCGCGUCUCGCCAUCGCUGUGUGCCCCCCUCAACGACAUGUACCCCGAAGAGAGCCGGGGGUCUGGAGGGGUAGCCACCGUGGACUUCCUGGAAGGGACUUAUGACUAUGCCGCCCCCACCCCUGCCCCGACUCCUCUUUACGGCCACUCCACCACUGGCUGCUACUCGGCUCCUCUGGACGCUCACGGACCACCGUCCGAUGGCAGUCUUCAGUCCCUGGGCAGUGGGACGACCAGUCCACUUGUGUUUGUGCCCUCCAGCCCACGGCUGAGCCCCUUUAUGCACCCGCCCAGCCACCACUAUCUGGAAACCACUUCAACACCCGUCUACAGGUCCAGCCAUCAGCCGGUCCCCAGAGACGACCAGUGUGGUACCCGUGAUGAGGCAUACGGCGUGGGCGAGUUGGGAGCUGGAGCUGGGGGGUUUGAAAUGACCAAAGAGACCCGUUUCUGCGCUGUGUGCAGUGACUACGCGUCUGGAUACCACUAUGGGGUGUGGUCUUGUGAGGGCUGCAAGGCCUUCUUCAAGAGGAGCAUCCAGGGUCACAAUGACUAUAUGUGCCCAGCGACAAAUCAGUGCACCAUUGACAAGAAUCGGAGGAAGAGCUGCCAGGCUUGCCGUCUUAGGAAGUGCUACGAAGUGGGCAUGAUGAAAGGAGGUAUGCGUAAGGACCGCGGACGUGUUUUGCGGCGUGAAAAACGACGGGCCUGCGACAGAGACAAACCAGCCAAAGACCUGCCACACACAAAGGCGCCCCCUCAUGACGGAAGGAAGCAUGCAACGAGCAGCAGCAGCACAAGUGGUGGAGGAGGAAGAUCCUCUUUAAAUAGCAUACCUCCUGAUCAGGUGCUCCUCCUGCUCCAGGGUGCUGAGCCUCCAACCCUGUGCUCUCGUCAGAAGAUGAGCCGACCCUACUCGGAGGUCACCAUGAUGACCCUACUCACCAGCAUGGCCGACAAGGAGCUGGUUCACAUGAUCGCCUGGGCCAAGAAGCUUCCAGGUUUUCUGCAGCUGUCUCUUCACGAUCAGGUGCUGCUGCUGGAGAGCUCGUGGCUGGAGGUGCUGAUGAUUGGGCUCAUUUGGAGGUCCAUCCACUGUCCCGGCAAACUCAUCUUCGCACAGGACCUCAUCCUGGACAGGACUGAAGGCACAUGCGUCGAAGGCAUGGCCGAGAUCUUCGACAUGCUGCUGGCCACAGCGUCCCGCUUCCGGAUGCUCAAGCUCAAACCUGAGGAGUUUGUCUGUCUCAAAGCUAUCAUUUUGCUAAACUCUGGUGCAUUUUCUUUCUGCACUGGCACAAUGGAGCCCCUUCACGACAGCGCGGCAGUGCAACACAUGCUGGACACCAUUACCGAUGCGCUCAUAUUUCAUAUCAGCCAAUUGGGAUGCUCGGUUCAGCAGCAGUCAAGAAGACAGGCCCAGCUGCUCCUGCUGCUCUCCCACAUCAGGCACAUGAGCAACAAAGGCAUGGAGCACCUCUACAGCAUGAAGUGUAAGAACAAAGUGCCUCUGUACGACCUGCUGCUGGAGAUGCUGGAUGCUCACCGCAUCCAUCGCCCAGUCAAACCAUCUCAGUCCUGGUCCCAGGGUGACAGAGACUCUCCCACCACCAGCAGCACCAGCAGCAGCGGCGGGGGUGGCGGCGAUGAUGAAGGCACCUCCUCGGCCGGUUCCAGUUCAGGACCUCAAGGCAGUCAAGAGAGCCCGAGGCAUGAGAACCUGAGCAGAGCGCCCACAGGUCCAGGUGUCCUGCAGUACAGGGGGUCCCAUUCCGACUGCACCCGCAUCCUAUGAAGGUUUAAAGUCAUUUUUAUGGAUGGUUUGUGUCGAGAAUUUUAAAAAAGGGGUUGGUGAAUUAAAGAUGGUGGUUAUAGUCAAGUUUGCAUGAGAGAAUAUUUAUAAAUGAGGUGAUUUUAUAGCUGUUUAGUGAGAACCUUCUCAUUGGAAUUGCACAGCAGUCUGAAUUUCAGUGCUGUCAGCCUUGUACGCUGCCUUUAAUGAUAUCUGUGAUUUUCAAUCAGCUUUCCAGUGCCGCUUAUCAUUUCCAAAACAGCAGAUGUUUAAUGUUUCAAACAACGAGCAGCUAAUCUUUCUGUUCAUUCGCCUCGACCAAAGUGCACUUCCUCUGUGAUUUAAGAGGCUGAUGGGCAUUAUUUUUUCAUAUAAAGGAAAUAAGAGAAAGAAUUACACAGGAAAUGAUGGUGAAACUAGUUCAAAUCAACGUGGAAUUCAUGUGCUUAGAUGCCGGCAUCGUUAAAAAAUAGAUAUCAGGUAAUGUGGGUGAGCGCACCCAAUUUUUUCUCUGAUAUAUCUGAGAAAAAAUAUUUUAGUGAUGGCAAUUUUGAAGUGAGGAGUGGGAGAGGAUGUAUCUGUUGAAUUUUAAGUUGGCAGAAAUUGUGCGAUCGAGUCCUAAAUAUCAGUCGGCUGUUUGUUGGGUGACGUCUGUGUACAGGAGGAUUGUUCUCUGUGCUAACCUACGUCAAAUCCUUUUUCCUUACUCUGUUAUGUGGCCGUCCGUGUUCACUGUGCACGUGUGUGGUUAGCAGAGAGACUACACGCUGAAACAGGUAAUAACGGUGUUAAAAAAGAAGUCUCCAAAAUGAAUAUAUGUCAACCUAAUUUCUGUUAGUGGCUGAAUUGGAUGCAGCUGAAGAAAUAAAACACCUAAAAGGAAGAUUUUUUUUCUCUUUUAGUUGGCUUACAAAUUCCUGAGGUCACGUAUUCAAACUGUUUUUGGGUCUGACUAACAGCCUGAAAUGGUUUCAACGCACAGUGAGGACAAAUUUAACAGCCAGCUUGCCAACUUUAGAUUAGCUGCAACAGUGCAGUCAGCCUGGGGGUUGUUUAGCCUCUGAAUAAUUUGCUACAACAUGUCACUCAACGUUUUAGGCUUAAAAUUUUGCAUCAGAUUAAAUGCACAUUUUGGACUGCAUAGAAUAUACCAAUAUACGUUAUAUAUUGGUUGCACUGUGCAAAAGUUUGUUUUUAUUUUGCUAGGAAAAUGAGAAAUAGAUGCAGGGAUUUGUUGAAACCUGUGAAAACAUGCAUAAAAAUACAGUAUAUAAGGUAAAAACAGUUUGUACAGAUGUAAUGACCUUGAAAGUCAAAAUUUGGUCUAACCACAUUUAUUUUUUAAAGCAGCCUUAACUGGCUUAGGCAAACUUUCUUGUGAUUUCUUUAAGUAGUCUUCAGGAAUAGUUCUCUAGGCUCAUUGAAGGACAUUCAAAGCUCUUCUUUGGAUGUUGGCUGCUUUUUGUUCUCUUGUCUAUGAAGACGACCCCACACUGCUUUGAUAAUUAAGGUCCGGGCUCAGGGAGAGAUGCUUUCCAGAUAGUAUCAAUCCCUUAUGCUACUUUUGUGCAUUCACAAUUCCUUCAAUUUUGAGAAGAUCUCCGACCUCACUGAAAUGCAGCCCCAAAACCCUGACAGAACGUCCACUCACACUCUCUGUUGUUCCUCUCUCCUGACCUUCUCUGCACAUAUUUAAAAUGAAUUGAACCAAAAGUUGAAAGUUUGGGUUUAUCAGCUCUUUUAUCAGAAGGAUUUCACUUUCCCUUACUGUUCAUCUGCUAAUCAGAACUAUUACUUCUUCUUUUGUCCUCCAGUUUUUAAGUUUCCGCUAUUUUGCAAACCCUGUUGGGAUACGCUGGGAUACGUUUUUGGGAAAUAGCUCUUUCGGAAUCACCUUGUUGGUGCCAAAAUACUAUUGUGUGCCUGUCAAACUGUGGUAUUCUUGGUAUUUUUGAUAUAUUUGGCAAAAGAAAUGGGAACAAAUGAUGAUUACAUUUUUGCAACAGGAUGCUAGCAACAAAGGUCAGGGGAGUUUAAAAGUGCUGCUUUGCUAAAUUGUCUGUACUGUUUAUACACAACACUGGUCCAUCCCUUGAGUUAGGUGCCUUUUUUAUGCUUAAUUGAUUUAUAGGUUAGUGUUAAAGAAAAAAAUAUGGUGUGAAAGAACCAAUGUCCAAAGAAAAACCGAAAGACCUUCAGAAAGGUCAGAAAACUGAAAUUACAAGGAAGUUUGGCUCCUUGGAAGCAAAAUAUAUAUAAUACAGUACACUGUAGAUUAGUGUAAAAAUGUCUUGGAUGCCCUGGAACUCAGGUCAACACAUUUUUUUUUUAAACACAAUGAGAUAAGAUUUUUCAAAUUAGGUUUUGGUGACUUCUUGUUUGCACUAUCAUUGGCUGUUUCAGCGUAUAAGGCCCCGGCUCUGCCUGCUUCCUUCCUUCCUCUCUUUCUCUCUACGUUAAUAAAGCCGAUGCACACAGCACUCUGCUCACUAGGUGUACCUUUCUCUUAACUUUGUUUGCAGUCACACGGCAUCUGAUUAACUGCACACAGUCACACUUGGGAAGCAGGGAUGAGUCCGUAUUUGACACCUUUUGCUCAACUGAUGGUUUGCUAGUUGCGUUUUUAAGUAAUUGUUUUAUUAAUCCAGUUGCAUUUGGGGGACAUUAAAUGUUUUUACCCAGCCUUUAGUUUGUUGAUGCAAAAAAUAAGUACUUUAACACAGGAGCCAAGCUGACUCCAGAAAAAAAAAAGCAAAAAAAAAAAAGCAACUGAAUCUGGGAUCAAAACACAGCUUCUGUAGCGAUAGAUACGAGUCUGGCUGCUAUUCUGCGUGCUUUCAAUGCAAAACACUGCCAGCCCAAACAUGAAAUUACCUGCAACCUGUGAUGAGUGGAAACUGCAGGCAAUUAAAAUUUAUGUUGCCAGGGGAGAAGCAUUAAAAAAAAGAGGCAGCUGCAGAUUUGUGUCAUUUGAGAGACGUGUGGAAAGCCUCCACACAUGAUCAGAACAUCAGAUUUGGAAGUGUAAAUCCAGCCAAACCUGCCUUGACUGUCGUUUGUUUACUGUGCAUACAAAUAAAAGCAACAAGUAUUGUUCAUCACC